AAAAAUAAAAUACCACGGGGGAGGCGGAGGUCCACUGUCCAGUCUUCGCGAAUCGCAAAUCCGUAUUGUGAUUGUUAUUGUUUUUACUUUGUUUUGGAUCGAGAAGUGCCAAUUGCAACUACUAAAUAAAUAAAUUGGUGAAAAUGAAAAAUUUCCCAGUGUUCGUGUUUCCUGUAUCGUUAGAAUUUUAUUUAAAUGCGCGACAUACGCACAAACAGCUGUUAACUGUAUAUAAUCCAUAUGACUUUUCUGUAAAUUUUAAAGUCUUAUGUACAUCACCCAACAAAUUUACUGUUCUCGACCCUGAAGGUGUGAUAGCGCCCCAAAGUUGCAUCGAUAUUGUUGUAAGAUAUACACAACCUUCCGUAUCGCACUGUAAUACAAUUGAAAAAUUUAGAAUAACAAUGUAUGACAAAAAUACCCAGCAGGCUCUAGGUAAAAGAGAUAUUCCUACAACAUUGAUUGAGGGUGAACCAAUGAGUAUUAAUCAAGAGAGCCUUGGAGAUAGCUUUCAUCCUUUGACAUCUCGUCCAGCACCCAUAAGGCCUACUGAAGAACAUUCAAAAGCUAGUUGCAGUCAUCCCUCUCACCAAAGGGAACAACAACCAAUGAACAUUGUGGCUGUAGCAGUAAGUAUAUGUUGCAUAGCAGCAUUACUGUUACCCACUCAGCCAGAUCCUGUUGUUAAAUCACAAUUACCUGAAUGGCUUCAUAUUGGAUCAAAUCUAAAAUUAGUUUUUUCCUUUGUACUGGGACUAGUAAGUAUGCUUGUAUUACGACCCUAGAAUGUAAGGGUCUAGGUGUGUUAGAAAACAUGCUAAAAUUUUAGGUUUUCUUA